GUAGACAGCAUGCGGCAAACGGCAUUAACGGCAUCACAAUGAAGUGCGCGAUCGUUCUACUGGCUCUGGCAGCUUUUGGGGCGGCUCUACCCCAGCAACAGCAACAGCAACAGCAGCAGAAACAACAGGCUGCUGAUCAAGAUCUUCUGAAGAAGCAACAAGACGUUAUACUGUUGCUACAACAGAUUACUCAAGAAAUCCCAAACGAGCAGCUGCAGAUCCUUGGUACCACCUAUGACAUCCAAAACAACAUCCAACAAUAUGAAAAUCCGAUUCUUGUCCAAUACUAUGUUGGCGCUGUACAGGCCGGUUUGGUUCAGCCAAAAGGCACUGCCUAUUCGAGUUCCAUCAGCCAGCUUCGCAAGGAAGUUUCCCUCCUGCACAGAAUCUUAUUAGGCACUAAGAACUACCCGACGUUACUGGCAACCGCCGCAUGGGCCCGCGUUCACGUUAAUGAACAACAAUUCCUCAAGGCUUUCAUUGGAGCCGUUCUUCAGCAUCCGGAGACGCAGGGUGUCGUUCUGCCGCCUCUGUACGAAAUCAUUCCUCAGCAUUAUUUUGAUGCUAGGAUUAUCCAAGAAGCCCAGAACAUUGCUAUACAAGGUGUUUCACAAGGUGUUGCACAAGGCUACAACCAAGUUGUAAUUCCUGUUAACUAUUCCGCCCAAUUGUCCAACAGUGAACAACAACUUUCUUACUUCACGCAAGACGUCGGCCUCGCCAACUACUACGGCCUCGUGAAUCUCGCUGGAUAUUUGUUGCCGCACGGUCAGCAAACGCCUGCGCAACAACAAGGCAUUCAGAAUCAGGAAAGUCAAAUUGGUCAGGGAUCUAUUUACUAUUAUCUUCACCAACAACUGCUGGCUCAUUACGAACUGAACCGUCUCUCGAACGGAUUGGGUCCAAUCCAGGACAUCGACUACGACAACGUACAAGCACCGUAUCAACCGCACCUCCGUCACACAAACGGACUCGAAUUCCCUGGACGCCCUCAGAAUCUGCAGCUCAGCCCUAAAAACGACAAACUUAUCCAGACUGUCAGGAAGAUUGAACAAAGAUUGAUCGAAGCUAUUGAUUCUGGACAUGUCAUCACUCCGCAAGCCGCCUUCCUCUCUCUUUAUCAGCCGCAAGGUUUGAACAUUCUUGGAGAACUUAUUCAAGGAACCGGCAGAAGUGUUAACCCAAGAUACUACGGCAGUCUUCAAGCCGCCGCGCGUCAACUUCUCGGCAAUGCUCCCGAAGCACAGAAUAUCUACGAUUACACUCCUUCCGUUCUCGAAUUGGGACAAGUUGCUGUUCGCGACCCAGCUUUCUAUCAGCUUUACCAGAACGUUAUUCAACUGUUCAAACAAUACCAAAACUCUUUGCCCGCGUACCAAUAUAACGACAUCCUCUUGCCUGGCGUCAGCAUCCAGGACGUUCAAAUCAGCCCACUGGUAACUCUCUUCAACAAUUACUAUGUUGAUCUCGAUGCAGUUACACAGCAGCAAGUCGGCCAACAACAACAAGUCGGUCAACAACAGCAAGUCCAACAACAACAACAACAACAACAGCUUCAGCAACAGCAACAGCAGCAUCAACAACAACAGCAACAACACAUCCAAGCGCAAGUGAAGAGAUUAGACCACAAACCCUACGAAUACCAGAUCACUGUUCAGAGCGAGCAGAACGUCCCUGAUGCCGUUGUCCGCGUCUACUUGGGACCGAAAUACGACUAUAAUGGCAAACCCAUCAGCAUUUCUCAACACAGGCACCAAUUCGUCGAACUUGACCAAUUCAUAACUAACCUUCAACAAGGACAGAAUGUCAUCGUUAGACAAUCCCAGCAGGCACCAGGCCAGAGCCACGACUGGCCGUCUGUUCAGGAAAUUCAACAGGGUGUCAACAAUGCUAUUAAUGCCCAAGAACCAUACUAUAUCACCCAGCCACAGCAGCUAUUCGGUUUCCCAGCUAGGCUGGCUCUUCCCAAGGGUCAACAAGGUCAAGGACUCCCCGUUCAGCUGUUGGUUGUGAUCUCUCAACCGGGACAACAAAACGUGCCCUACGGACCGGUGGUCCCAGAACAAUAUCAGACCUACCAACAAAGCCAAUAUCAAGUAGUUGGUACCGAGGAUUAUCAACAGAUCCAGCACCAAGCUGGCAAAGUAGUCGGUGUGAAACAGACUGUGGAGGUUGUACCAGAAACUCUGCCGAUCAAUCAGCAACAGAAUCAAGUUGUAAGGAACCAUGUUGCUAACCUCUACACUCAACAACACGGACAGUACCCGUACACGCACUCUCAGUACCAAGUAGGUCAAGGACAGGGAUAUAACGUCUACGGUGUGCAAGGCCAGCAUGGACAACAGGGACAAUGGGGACAACAAGGACAACGUGGACAAAACAUCCAAGGACAGCAACAAUGGAGUCAACAUCAGGGUAUCUACCAAGGACAGCAGGGACAGAAUCAACACGGCCAACAAAGUACAGUAGGAGUCCAAGGUGGAGUACCAAUUGGUGUACAUGGCUUGCAACAGGGUAUCCAUGGAAUCCAAGGAGUGCAGUCAGGUGUACAAGGUUUACAAGGUUUACAAGGUAUCCAAGGUGUACAAGGUGUCCAAGGUGCGCAAUACUCCCAGGGAAACCAAGGCGUCCAGAGUGGUAUUCAGCAUGGAAUCCAGGGCAAAUACCCCGUUACCUAUCAAGGACAGAGCCAACAACAGCAAGGAUUGGGUGUAGGAUAUACCGGUAGCGGCCAAUAUCACGCCGGUGGUUUCCAAAACAUCCUGGGUCAAAGUCAAGGACAAAAAACUCAGGACGCGUCCGUCAGCCAAUAUUAUCAGAAUAAGCACAUCUCUGAAAUCAUCGGUGGAGCUAUCUCUCUCGACGGUAAACCUCUUGGCUACCCGUUGGACAGACCCUUGACCCCCGGUGCCCUUUCCGUGCCUAAUCUCUAUGUUCAAACCGUCCACAUUCAGCAUGAAGGCCAGCCCACCAACGAAGUGCAAUAUCAGUGAAAUGUUCCUAUAAAUCAGAUAUAAUAGAUGUAUGAUAUCGUUAGAUAUUACGAUGCUUGACCAAAAGCUAUUUUUUCAUCCAAUGUAAAAAAAAAGAUUUGUCAGUUUAUUGUAGCAAAUGCAAUUAAUAAAUUGCCCUAAAACGCAAA